CAACAGAACUAACCUAACAUAACAACUAUCCUAACUUAAUCUAAUUAAAUCAAGUUCCAAAACAAUCCUCGAUAUUCCACAAUUUUCAUGAGUUCAUUUUACAACAAUUUUAAAACCAUAUUCUUGAAAGUUGGUUUCAAUAGGGUUCAUAUCUUCCUUAUGAUUUUUCUAAAUCACAAAAGCAUUAAUUGCCGAAAAUAUCAUUAAAAAAUUGUAUCAAGCAAUAUCUAAUUGUUCUCUUUGUUUAUCUCCUAUAGUUUUCAAUUUUUCUACAAAUGUAUUGAUGAAAAAUAUACUUGCUCCUAUACGAAAUUGGAUGCCUUGCAAUUUUCGGUUUCUUUGUCUAUUUGAAUGUGUCAGAUUAAAUUUUUUUGCCUUUCCUAUUCAUAUUUGCAGAAGAGAAUUACGUUUGUCCUCUCUAGAUUUUGAGAAAAACUAAGGUAAAAAAAGAAAAGUGCAAUCUACCUAUAAUGUAAUAUUUUAUUGUAUAUACAUAUGCACCGAUAUAGAAAUUAUAAUAAAAAGGCUGUAAAAUAUUAGCUGGAUAUAAACCGUUUAGUUUUUCUCUACAAGUAUCACACAAAUACAAUUGCCUGAAGUGCUAGCCAGAAGCUUGAAGCAAGAUUGAAAAUUUUUCUGCAGAUUAAAUGCCAAAAUGGCUCUGAAAGCAACAUAAAAAUUUUCUGUUUAAUUUUAUGUGACAAAUAAAUCUUGGAGUGUUACGGGAGAAACUAUAUCGCUGCUUUAUUUCAGCACAUCUUCCGUUGCAUGACUGUUACAUUCAUAGAUUGAUACAUUAUUUCUGUCGAUUCAAAUCCACGACCGAAAAAAUCAUCGCGAAAGAUGUUUUCCAUAAAAGGCUUUCAGUAUCGAAAGAUUUAUCUGCUCUGGAACAGGACGAAAGAUUGUCUCUUGUCUGCUGAUGGGCGAGCUACUUUCGGAACAGGAAAACGGCACGUAUUGACGGUUGGAAUUGAUUUAUGGAAAUUGCAAUUAAUUAAAAUAAAAUAAGGUAAUAUUUUUUCAAAUGAGUAUAAUAAACGAGAAAUUUAUCAUUCUUGAGGUAAGCAAGACGAGAGGGGAGCCUAGCACAAGCACAAAUCUAAAGGAAGCUCUCUGUGAAAAGAUACCUGUGCAUCACGAUCUUCUGAGGAAAUUCCGUCGCAACUUUGGUCCCACUAUAAUCAGUGAAAUUACAGUCGAUAGCUUGUAUGAUGGAUUAAAUGAUGUGAAAACUAUUGUCAGAGAAACUUCGGAAAUCAGUCCUAAACAUGGAAUCGUGUACCGUGGACUAACCAUACCGGAAGUGAUUGCUCUAUUGCCACGUCAAGGAGACUCGCCGAUCGCAGAGGCUGUAUUCUGGCUGCUUUUAACCGGUGACAUUCCGACGCAACAGCAAACAGCUUCUUUAAUUGCAGAUUGGACAUCACGACGUCAAAAAUGUACGGAAUGGUGGUCGGGACCGCGGGGCGAAACAAUCAUUUCCGUUCUACGUUCUAUGCCUGAGACGAUUACGCCCUUACACAGAUUAUCAGCGGCGCUUGCAAUUUUUGACAUCAGCAAACAUGCAAAGAAUGCCAAAAGAUAUGGUGCUUUACCGUAUACUUAUUGGGAGUAUACCUAUGAAGAUGGUAUGGAGUUUCUCGCAACUUUACCAGCAAUCAUCGGCCUGGUUGCAAAGGGUGAAAUAUUGUCAAAUGUGAACAAUGAUGGUGAUUGGAUACAAUUUUUCUUAAAUUGCUUGGUUAACGCAAACGAAGCCGUCGACAGCCGAAAAUCAUCUAUUGCAGAUUUUCUGAGACUAUAUGUCACCUUAAAUGCUGAUGAUGAUGGGGGAACUCCCGCUGCUCAUAUCACACAGAUUUUGGGUUCAACUGAUCUUGAUAUAAACGAGAUAUUGGCGAGCAGCGUUCUGGCAUAUGCCAACGAGCCGAGAAGCGGCACAAUAUUGCAGUGGCAAGAAUUGCAAACAACAGUCCGUAGUACACUCGGCCGUACAUGGACGGAACGCACCUUGGAAGCCUGCGUACUAAAUUUAUGGAGCAGGGAUAAAUUGAUGGGGCACAAGAAAACGGAUAUUUGCGAUCCGCGAUACACAGCUCUCUUGAAUUAUGCUAAACAGCAUUUGCCCGAUAAUUCCGAAUUGAAGCUGUCGCAGGAUAUUACGCGAAUAUUAAAAUUGAGACUGAAGAGACCAAAAGACAAGGAUAUUCAACCGGACCAGAAUGCCAUAGCUGCGACGAUUUUUCAGUGUUAUGGAUUAAAAGACAUGAAACUCAAUCAAACCAUACUCUUCAUGGCACGAGCUUUGGGAGCGAUUGCUUCGAUUAUCUGGGCGACGGUCAUAAAUGCACCUGUCGAGCAUCCGAUAUCGAAAUGCACUUACAGCUACAUAGAAUCAAUCGGAAACAAUAACAGAGACAAGCAGAAACGUAAAAUAAUCUUGUGAAAGUAAGUUUUGAUGCAGCUUUAUUGUUUUUUAUUAUUUUUUGGAGAAAUAAUAGCUCAUCUUUAGUCACAUUAUUUGGAGUGUAAUAUAAUUGUUCCUGUUAUCAAUUUUCUAUCAAAUGCCUCGAUUGCUAUCUCAAAUAAAUAAAUAUAUAUUUUAAUAAAUA